UGCACUAUUAAUAAGGAGUCUACCCUUACUCCUUAUUAAGGUUCAAAUAUGUUAUUUGCAGAGGUAGAAUGGUUCUGGCAGCCAAAUACUCCAUCCAAACGUGGAUCGAGUCUCAAUUACAAUACGGUCCUAGAAACAUAAAGCCCUUUACUUUCAUAUCAAAAUAAUUUCACAAAUGCAAACUAUAAACUUACUGUACACAGUUUUAACCAGCUUUGUUGCAGAAAGCAGUAUUUUUCAUCCACAACACGUUUCUGGCGGCCUUUUGUUACACACAGGUGUACAGUGCAUGGUAGAUGGCUAAUUAGCACAGGUGGUACCAAUGUCUAUCAUAAACACGAAAUGUAACAAGGAGAUAUAGCCGUGUGGGAACCCCAACCAUAUACAGCUGUGUAUCAAUUUAACCUUUUAGUUUUUUGAAAACUAUUUAUCGCUGACAUGAAAGAUUAGGUCUUGUGCUUCCAAACCCGUACCGCUAGCGACGCAAGUUAAUGUUAAGACCGAGCCUCGGUCGGCUUAACAAAACUUCACGAAAUUACUCUUAUGUGUAAUGGAACUUAGUCAUGAUCAAAGGCUAGAUUCAACUCUACGUUCAAGGGCACAACAUUUUUUUUAAGUAACUAAUGCAAUUAUCACUUAUGAAUAUGCAGAAACCAAUUCAAUAUUGAUGAAUAUAUAAUAAUGUAAAGAGGACCUUUACUUGGAAGGAAAUGUUUUGCCCGGAAGUGAUUGCCACGGCUUCAGGAAGAAGACGCUCUAGGUUGAUAUAGGCCAAAACCCAAUACAGCAUAUUUGCUGGUCAUGUGUUUGUGUUUUCUGGUCGAUUCAAAGUGAAUGAGAUGGCGACGAAUGAGGCAAGCUGUGAACAACCACAGAAGCGAGGAACCAAAGACAAACCGAAUGGAUAUUUUGCAGACUCUGUGGUCAGAGAGAGGAGGCAGAAAGAUAGGGAGGAGCGUCUCGCUCUGGUGCUGUGGAGGCGGCCUAUCAUCACACUACACUACUUCCUCCUGGAAACCUUCAUCACACUAAAGGAGUGGACAUUAAAGUUAUGGCGACGAAGGGGGACAGUGUUCUUGUUCCUGGUGUUGUGUUCACUCUUCUCCCUUGCCUACUCCACUGAGGGAACACACCAGAAGUAUGUGCAGUACCUGGAGAAGAGGUUCCUAUGGUGUGCCUACUGGGUAGGUUUGGGCAUCUUGUCCUCAGUAGGCCUUGGGACUGGCCUGCAUACCUUCCUACUAUACCUGGGUCCACACAUAGCAUCAGUCACCCUGGCUGCGUACGAGUGUGGUUCUACAGACUUCCCCGAGCCCCCCUACCCAGACCAGAUCAUCUGCCCAGGGGCAGGAGGAAUGGAGGGCAGCAUCUCACUCUGGUCCAUCAUCUCAAAGGUCCGGCUGGAGGCCUGUAUGUGGGGUGCAGGCACAGCCAUUGGGGAGUUGCCACCCUACUUCAUGGCUCGAGCGGCCAGGCUAUCUGGAGCAGACCCCGAUGACGAAGACUAUGAGGAGUUUGAGGAGAUGCUGGGGCAGGCAGAGACUGCUCAGGAUUUUGUUACUCGAGCAAAACUGGGAGUUCAGAACAUGGUGCAGAAAGUGGGAUUCUUUGGGAUUCUAGCCUGUGCCUCGAUCCCUAAUCCUCUGUUUGACCUUGCUGGUAUAACAUGUGGCCACUUCCUGGUACCAUUUUGGACCUUCUUUGGAGCAACUCUUAUUGGGAAAGCCAUCAUCAAGAUGCACAUACAAAAACUGUUUGUUAUCAUAACGUUCAGCAAGCACAUAGUGGAACAGAUGGUGUCUCUGAUCGGGUCUCUGCCGAGGGUAGGUCCCUCCAUACAGAAGCCCUUCAGUGAGUACCUGGAGGCGCAGAGGAGUAAACUCCACCACCACACCGGAGAAGGCACCCCGGCGAGUGAGAACUGGCUGUCGUGGGUCUUUGAGAAGGUGGUUCUGGUCAUGGUCUGUUACUUUAUCUUCUCUAUCAUCAACUCCAUGGCUCAGAGCUACGCCAAGCGACGACAACGGAGUCAGCAGCAGCGAUACUCUGAGGAGAAAACCAAGUGACGAGACUCUUGAGUCCCUCAGCUCUGAUCACAAACUAACCUCGCCCUCUUCCAUUCUUAAGAGGCUGAACUGACACUUCUGUGUUUGCUUACGGAUGUAUGUGCUGUUUGUCCCUCUUAUGGUUUUGUAGUUUCCCCUCCAUUUGUGUAACUUGUGUGAUUUUAAUAAUAUAAUGAUAGGAUAUGAGCAGUGAAGCAGCAGUUGGAUGUCAACUUUUUGCUGGCAGCUAUACCAGCUGCGAUGCCUUAUGCAAGGUGGAGGGUCCUACUUCCAUUGAACACAGUUCUUAAUCACGACUUGAUUUGUACAUUUUUCACUGUAUGGAUGGACUCUAUGCUGAUGUGAUGCUAAGGAUGUUUUCAGGGUUACAUUUUUCUUGCGUCUUUGUCCUGUUGAUCAGAAAUAGGCCAUCUGUCAUUCGCGUUUCUUGGAUUUGUUUGAAAUUCAAGUUUGCAAUUGGAAAUAGCAAUAUCAAGUCGUCUCAACAUUUUAUUGAUAGUUUGCACAUCCUGGAAAUAUUUUUGGGGCGGUAUGUACGCACAUACAUUUAGAAUGAUCUGGACAAACUAACUUGAACCAAAACAGAACUUACAUUACACUCGGCUAACUUGGUGUUAUUUUUAUUCUGUACAUUUACUGAGUCUUUGAUCAGAAUAUAUAAAAUGCCUAAAUCAUU